GGUUGCUUUGACCCUGACGGCUGUUGAUUAUUGGGGGGCCGACACACGAGAGGCGAUGAUUCAGCUCGAGGAGGCGAAUCUACUCAAGCUUGUGGCAGCGAAAGCCGAGUUUGUGUCUGAGCACUUCGGAAGGGUCGAGGAGAGCACUUUGCAGCUGCAAGCGUUUGCGGGGCAGGCUAUUUUGGCCAUUCCAGAGACGAUGACGGUCGACUCGUACUUGACCAGCUAUUCGGGACUUCUUCAAUCAGACGCUACCUUCGACCAUAGCGUUCAUCCCCGAGCUUCCUAAGGGUGUGGUGCCCGAGGCCCGCGGGUCCCUGGAAAGCCUGCUCAUCCGCUCGUCGCUCAUGGACGUUCCCUUUCGAGGAAUGCAGCGGCAGCACCCCCUUGUGUACCUCGCAGCCUUGGACAAUCCAUCCCCCGCCGCUGGCACGAUCUAGGGUAUCA